UUAAUUGACAUUUUCAAACAUCCGAGAGUCAAACAAGUUCUCAUAAAAUGGAGAUAUUCAAAUCUAAAACUGCCAAAGUAGUUACGUUCAUUGUUGUGUUACUGUUAAUUGCUGCAAUAGCUUUACCAAUUUAUAUAUCAACAUUGAAAAGAGACGAUGGUACCAAAAAAGCUGUUGGUGCAUCUAGCAAAGAAAGCGCAGGAAGUGCGGCUACAUCAACUGCGGUGCCGGUUACCCAUGGUGCGGUGCCGGUUACCCAUGGUGCGGUGCUGGUUACCCAUGGUGCGGUGCCGGUUACCCAUGGUGCGGUGCCAGUUACCCAUGGUGGAAAUUCUAAGAGCAAAAUCUCUACGGAAACACGUGUGUCCAUCAGUAAAAGAACAGCUAGCACGUCAACGACUACGAAGCCGGUGAUCAAUAGAGGAAAUCCUUACAUCAGCAAUGGAGCGCUAACAUUUUCAAAGAGGGGAUUUCACCUAAACGGUACCCGGUUUAGGAUAUUGAGCGGGGCAGUCCAUUAUUUUAGAACUGUUCCAGAUUACUGGAAAGACAGGCUCUCUAAAUUAAAAGCAUGUGGCUUAAACACCGUAGAAACGUACGUACCAUGGAAUCUACAUGAAGAAUACCCUGGGCAGUUUAACUUUGAAGGAAUUCUUGAUGUGAGGAAGUUUAUCAUGUUGGCUCAAGACCUUGGGCUGUAUGUUAUCUUCCGACCAGGACCUUAUAUAUGUUCAGAAUGGGACUUUGGAGGUCUUCCGGCGUGGUUGCUAAGCGACCCAGACAUGAAAGUAAGAAGUAACUAUAAGAAUUAUACUGAUGCCGUCGAAAGAUUCUUUAACAAAUUGUUGCCAAUGGUGGAAGACUUGCAGUACUCAAGAGGUGGACCAAUCAUUGCGUUUCAAAUCGAGAACGAAUUCGGAUCUUACAGCUCUGAAAUAGAACAUCUUAUAUUCCUUAAGAAUCUUUAUCUGCGACAUAAUUUAACAGAACUCUUCCUUACCUCUGAUAACGCAUGGGGCUAUAAGAACGACCCUUUCUACCAACAUGCCUUGCCAACAGCAAACUUCCAGAAAAUGUCUGAAGGGCAACAAGUGUUUGACCAGAUACGUAACUGGAGUUCUGACUUUCCUCUGAUGGUCACUGAAUUCUGGACUGGCUGGUUUGACCAUUGGGGAUCUGAACACGGAGGACUACCUUUAGAUAAAUAUGAAGAAAGUUUGUCGCAAAUUCUACAAAACAACGCAUCUGUGAAUUUUUACAUGUUCCACGGUGGGACGAACUUUGGUUUCAUGAAUGGUGCUAACAAAGAAGAAAAUAACUAUAAACCAGACGUAUCUAGUUACGAUUACGACGCAUUGCUGACAGAAAAGGGGGACAUCACUCCGAAGUACUUAAAAACUAGGGAAAUGUUACUAGAAAAGAUUUACAAACCACAAGGGAUAAAAUCGCUGCCAGAGCCGCCGAAAAAUAUUACUUCCAGCGCAUACGGUACGGUAUCCGUCGAUGGCUAUUUAUCUUUUGAAGAUCUGCUGAAGUCAAAAGGACAGGUAAAUAUAUCAUCGGACAAAGCUGUCCCAAUGGAAAUGUUAAAACUGAAAGGCGGCUAUGGACAAAACUAUGGGUAUAUUUUAUACAGGUGUACAAUACCCGGAAACUCUUCCGUUCUCUCGUUUGAAAACCAACCUGCAGACAGGGCCCAGAUAUAUAUCGACGGGUCCGAGGUAGCUGUGAUAGACUGGAAAUCAAACAACAAAACAGUAAAACUACAGGCAGAUGGUUCGAAGUCAGAACGACGGUUGGACAUUCUGGUAGAGAACAAUGGUAGAGUAAACUACGCCAAAGAAGAGACAGGAAUUCUUAACUCUGAACGAAAAGGUGUCAGUGGUAGUGUGAGCAUUGAUGGUAAAGCAAUCACAAACUUUACAAUAUUUCCUUUGGAGUUCAAAAACAAUACCGUAACUAGGGAUAAUUGGCAGGGAGUGCCAAAUGUUGACACCGUGCCAGGUUUGUUCAAGGCAACGCUGAACAUAACUCAAAAUGUCACGGAUACCUUCAUCUUUUUAAGGGGCUGGGGCAAAGGUAUUGUGUUUGUGAACGGUUUUAACCUGGGUAGAUACUGGAUAGUUGGACCACAACAGACCCUGUAUGUGCCGGCACCAGUGCUCAAACAAGGGGCAAAUCAGAUUGUGAUAUUUGAGCAUCAGAAGAUUGGUACAGACAUUGUGUUUACUGAUAAGCCCAUACUUGAUGUGAACAACCAAACACAAAUAACCAACUUGUAGAGACGCCAGGUAGUGGGAAAUUGUUAAAAGGUUAUUUAAAGACGGUGUCAAUGUGUAGAAAAUUGUCGAAAUAUUUUUGUGUGUGAACAGAUCUGCAGAGACAUUAAUAAAAUGAAGUUGCAGCGGUUGUGGUUUAAACUGAACUGUACAUAUGAGGAAAAACAUAAUAGGACAAAAUCUAUUUGAAAUUGUAUAAGGACUUUGUGAUGGAUUGACAUAGGGUCUUUCAAAGAACUUUAAUGAAAUAUAUUAAAAACUCUAUGCCACUUCCGUUAUCUUUAUAUCCUAGUUGUUUAACAAAUACAAAUAAAAGUAUGAUAAAAUUAGCAUAAAACAA